UAAGCAGCAAACACGCAGCCAAAGAUGAAAUCCAUCAUUAUACUUAGCCUAAGCUUGAGCUUGCUCUGCGUGCAGGCAGCGCAUUUGCCACGGCGACGCGAUGCGAAUCCACAGCCUGCACCACAAGCAAUGGAUGAGCAUAUUUUUGAGCUGACAUCCGCCGAGCGAGCAGGCGCCGCCGCCGCCGCCAGCAGCACACCCAAGCCGCUGGGCAUUGUAUCCAUCAAGACGCGCGCCGUUGCCAUGGAUCGUGGCUUGUGCCUGGAGCGCUCGCGCUAUCAUCCACAUUUUCCCAAGUGCCAUUUGUACUGCAAGCAUUUGGACCAUUGGAUUGGCCAGUGUCGACGCGAGAGCUGCCACUGCAUCUCCUGAGCGCUCUAUACACUAUACAGUUAUUUUAAUAAUAAUGUGCAAGUUUCAUUUUAAUUAGCGACCUAAGUGCGCUACACAAUUACAAAAGUGCCUGCUUAUUAAUGUUGCAAUAACUUUUUGCUUUUUG